AGCUCACCAUUUCCUAUGCUGUCCUUAAACAGUGGACUAAUUUUUAUUGCUAUGACUUACAAACUUUUAAAAAGACCCUGUAACCAUUUACAAUAUCAGGUAUAUUUUACUCACUUAUAUUCCUGUAAGUACUGGGUGAAUUCUAUUUUUGUACCUGAGAUGGAUUAUAAUGAGCACCACCCCUAAAUUCCUCUGUACAGAGAUAUUGUUUUUAGUUGUUAUGCUGGAAGGUUUCAUUGAUGGUGUUUGUGUGUGUAUAUAUAUGUGAUGUUUUGCAGAGAAAGAGAAAAAGCGUGGGUCAGAAAAUUUUAUGUAUAUACCUGUAUAUUUAUAUUGCUUGUGGAAUGGGUAAGCAUAUGAGAGGUAGUUAUAGUUUCAUUUUAUAAUUCAGAUUCAUGUAGAAAGAUGCAGGCUAUAUUACUAUUGUACACAGUUUAUUUACUCUUCUUUGUAAAGCUUGAAAAUCUGGGUUUUAACUGUGACACUUAAUGAGUACCCCUAUGUGCUGAGGCUGCUGUUGCUGCUGGUGAUGAUGAUCAUGAUGAUCAUGAUGAUGAUGAUAACCAAGAGACUUUUUAUGUUCCAGCAAUGGGUUAUGAGUAAUCUGUUUUUAUGUUCUCUGUCGUCUUACAGUACAGUUCAUAUAGAAGGGUCAAGAAAAUUAAGCUGUUUCGGACCUUUCGUGCAAUUGAAAUAGCUCAUGACAUGACAAUCAUCGAGGAGUGGGUGGGAGCACGACAGAUUAGAUGGGGGAGUAUUACUGGCCAAUUCAAACAAGCAAGACUACGUACUUCUCAGACUGCAUUUAGCGCAAAGACCUAUAGUCGCCAUAGCAAAUUGCUAUUGACUCCCGGUAAAGACAGAAAGCGCCACUUUACAUCACUUUGUGAUGAAAACACACAGUUUUCUGUGUUCCUAAGUGCUGUACGUAUUAGUCACACUUUCAAAAUCAUCUGUCAGUUAAUAUGAAGACAUAUCAUGUUAUUUAUUUUCCAUUAUAUUUUAAACGUUAUGAUGUGUUUGUUGUUAUUCCCAGAUCUGUUAUGGAAAGCUAUUAAAGAUAUCACAAAUUAAAAUAGUUGUAGAAAGGUAAACGUGUAUCUUGUUCUCAAAAUCUCUGUUUGCCAAUCAAGCGGAUUUAAAAAAGAAAAAGUUCCCGGUGACAAAGCAGAUUACGGCGGUUAUAUCACCUACGGUUUGUGUAUUUGACACCACAACGCUGUACACGACACGGUUGUGAAGGAGACGAUAAAAAAAAAAAAAGAAUGUUGAAGGUGAUACAUAAUAUAUCGCCUCGUUUUCGUUUGACUUCUGUUACUUUCAGAAACGCGGCCGCCAGGUAAGAACGCGACAAGGGUGAAUGAUGUCAACAAUGUCAGUGGGUGGAUGGCUUCAUGCCUGUGACAGGACAACACGGGUUGUUGUACUCACAGUAGGAACUGCCGCAGUCUUCGCCUAUGUGGUCUUCAGAUUGCGGAGGUUUGGAAGAUGCACCAGUCAAACCGACCUGACUGGGAAAACCGUCGUUGUCACAGGAGCUAACUCAGGCAUGGGUUACUGUACAGCUCUUGACAUGGCACGACGAAAUGCAAGAGUCAUCCUUGCAAGUCCAUACAUGCAGCUGGCAGAAAAGGCCAAAGCUAAAAUAAUAGAGGCCACUGGGAACCAAAAUGUGGUAGUUCGCUUUUUGGAUUUGGGCAGCAUGGCCUCUGUCCGUCAGUUUGUUCAAGAAAUAAAACAAGAGAGUCGGCUGGACAUCUUGGUGAACAACGCUGGGGUUAUUAAUCUGGAACAAAAAAUAACAGAAGAUGGUUUGGAAAUAAACAUGGCUGUCAAUUACUUUGGUCACUUCCUUCUGACAGUAGAACUUCUGGAUUUGUUGAAGAAGUCCACACCCAGUCGGAUUGUGAACAUAUCUUCUAUUGCCCAUAAGAACUCUAGGAUGAAAACAGCCGACAUGGAAUAUUUACUGAACGAUACCUCGGUAUCACCAUUUCGAAAGUAUGCCACUACAAAACUAGCCAUUGUUCUCUUCACUCGAGAACUGGCUCGCCGCUUGGAUGGUUCAGGUGUUACGGCCUAUGCUGUGGAUCCAGGUUAUGUUGCGACCAACAUAGGGAAAACACUUCCCAUGAUUACCAAGCUCCUGUUUUUACCUUUUGCGUUGGUAACAAAGAGCGCAGAAGUCGGAGCCCAGACAGCUAUUUACUGCGCCGUGUCUGACGAGGUUAAAGGGCAAUCCGGGAAAUAUUAUGCCGAAUGCCGUUUAGCAGAAGAUUCCGUUCAUCCACUGGCUAAUGAUUUAGAAGCUACCCGCAAACUGUGGGAGCUCAGUGAGAAGUGGACAAAACCAACAUUAAGCUGCUAAUAUUUAUCUUAGAGCAGCACUCUAUUUAUAUUCAGGAACUGAAUAGAAACUCACCAUUUCCUAUGCUGUCCUUAAACAGUGGACUAAUUUUUAUUGCUAUGAUUUACAAACUUUCAAAAGGAACUGUAACCAUACCCGUUUCAGAUACAUUUUACUCACUCAUAUAUUUGUUUACUCCUGGAUGUAUUGGGUGAACUUUGUUUAUCAUUUUACCUGAGAUGUGUUUUAAUGACCACCCCCACUCCUAAAUUCCUCUCAACAGAGAUACUGUUUUUACUUGGUAUGCUGGAAGGUUUCAUUGAUGGUGUGUGUAUUAGAUGUGUUGCAGAGAAAGAGAGAAAGUGUUGGUCAGAAAAUUGUAUGUAUAUACCUGUAUAUGUAUAUGGCAUAUGAAAUAGGGGACAGUU